AUUGCAACAUUUUCCCAUAACCCUUGGGCGGCGCACAGGUUGCCAUUUCUGAAGGGUAAAAUAAUCAAAAAGGGCCGGAGUGCAGUUGGGAUUUUGCUGAAGGGGUUGUCAGAGAUUGAACCCGGUGUGUUUGGGGCUAGUGUGAUGUCUGCCAGGGAUUUGCACUCAUUCUGGGAGUGGGGCAGGAAGAUUGUUUGCGUGGGCAGGAAUUAUGCUGAACACGCUCGGGAGUUGGGGAACCCGUUGCCCGGUGCCGAGCCGCUGCUGUUCCUCAAGCCGCCCAGCGCCUAUCUGCGGCCGGGCUCUGCGAUCCGAACACCCCGCUACAGCCGCCGGCUGCAGCCCGAGGUGGAGCUGGGCUUGGUGCUGGCAAAGGGCGGCAGCUCCAUCCCGCAGGAGGAGGCUAUGGGCUACCUGGGGGGCUACGCACUAUGCCUGGACAUGACGGCCCGGGAUACCCAGGAGGAAUGUAAGAGGAAAGGACACCCCUGGACUCUAGCCAAAGCCUUCGACUGCUCAUGUCCGGUCAGCGACUUCAUCCCCAAGGACAGGCUCCCCGAGCCGCACGGCCUGACUCUCUGGCUCAAGGUCAAUGGGCAACUCAGGCAGCAAGGGCACACCUCGCAGAUGAUAUUUCCCAUCCCCUUUCUCAUCAGCUACAUCAGUGGGAUAAUAAGACUGGAAGAAGGGGACCUGAUCCUCACCGGAACGCCUGCAGGAGUGUCUGAUGUACAGGAACACGAUGAGUUGCAAGCUGGCAUUGACGACCUAGUUACCAUGAAGUUCAAAGUGAAAGGCGAUUAAUUUUGUUUAAAAUGUAAUUGCUUGCAUUGCAGUUUUCUGUACAACUGUAGCAUGGAAGUGUCUGUCAAUCAUUCAACAAUAUGCAUUCAACCGGGGAGCUACUAGUGGCCCGAGUAAUGACAAUGUUAAUGCUGCAUCAGACUGGCCAUUGAAGAUUUUCAAAAACUGCAAUUGUAGUUUUUCAACCUCUCUUGGCACAAGUAAAUUUCUAUGGGUUUUCUGUGGACUAUAAACAAUUUAAAUGGUGACUUAGCACAAUGAAUUACUUCCUACAUUACAACAGUGACUACAAUGUCAUUACAAAUAUAAACUGAUAUUCUCAUUGCAGAUUGUGUGCAAAAUGGCUGCUGCGUCAUUUGCAUAGUAACAACAUUUCAAAGUAAUUCAGUGCUUUGGGAUAUUCUGAGAGCUGUUACAUGUAAUUUAAAUGCAAGUUCCUUCAUCUCAAAUUGGUCGCAAUAUUACCACCAUUUGCAACAGGACUUCAUUCCAGUGUUAGAUAGCUCAAAAUGAUCUUUCUAACCCUAACUCGUGGGAAAAAAAAUUGUACAUGCUGGGUUUUUCAGAAUUCAAAUGUACAUACAGAGGUAUAUGUCCACCAGUACUAAAAUCUUAGUGACAACAUUAUCUUAGAGAAAUGGACAUGAGCCAACUCAGAAGUUCUAAUCUUUAAACACAUUUAAUAUUUGGGGGCUCAUCAAAUAGUUUGAAUAAUUGGUGUCAUGUUUUAGGAGUUUAUCAUUUUGUUUCUUCAUGGAAAUGAUUUUGGAAUUGAGUUCAGCACUAUUUUUUAAGGGUUAUAUUUUAAGCCAAAAUUACUUCAUAUAGGUUGAAAAAGGCUGCAGUCAUUGAAUGUGCAUUGGAGCCAGAAUAGUCUGUAUAAUAAACAUUUCAAACUACCUU